AAAGAAUGUACUAUUCUUUUUUCGGUUUUUGAACUGAUAGAUUUAUUUUCCUGGGAAAAAAAAAAAGCCAAAGAAAAGUAACAGUUGAUAGAAAAAUAGGAAUCAGUCCAUCCCAUGAUCACUAUAAAGAUCCCUCAGCAAAACCCUCCAUGCACGUUGACUCCCCCCCUCCCCCCUCCGGACCCACGCUCCCAAUCUAGAAUGGACAAAUCGAAGUUGGGUAGAGUUGGAGCAAUGAGCAAAUUGCCACCAGGAUUUCGGUUUCAGCCUACAGAUGAAGAGAUUGUGUUUCAGUACUUGGCACCUAAAAUAUUUUCCUGUCCUUUACCUGCUUCAAUAAUUCCAGAAAUCAGCAUUUCCAAAUAUGAUCCAUGCAGGGAAUUUCCAGGGGAUUCAACCGGCAAGGACAAAUACUUCUUCAGCAAUAAGGAACCUGGAAACAGAAGUAGUCGAGCAACGGAAGAUGGCUACUGGAAGGGCAGUGGUUCAGAUAAAAGAAUUAUAUAUCGGAAACGGAAACCGAUAAUGGGGAUGAAGAAGACAUUAGUAUUCCACAAGGGGAAGUAUCCCCAAGCUUCUAGAACAGAUUGGAUCAUGCAUGAAUAUAGCAUUACAAUUUAUGGAAACAUAGCUAGUAAUUCCAAGCAGAGAAAAAAUUCUCAGGGUUCUUUCAUCCAAAUAGGAAAUUGGGUUUUGUGUCACGUGUUCAAGAAGAAACCAAGUACAAAAACUGAAGUUUAUGUUGAUAGGCCUAGGUUUUGUGGUUUGAUGAAAUCAGAAUUAGAAGAUACAUGUUCUUCUUCUUGUGCCUCCUCCUCUUCUUCUAAUUUAUGUUCUGAUCAUUCUAGUUUUUCCUCUGAGGUCUCUUCCAAUGCAGCAAAUGAGGAAACCAGUAGCAGAAAUGUGUAGUGUAAUGCCAUCUCAUUAUCGAAAUGAAAGCUCGUACAUUCUCGUUUGA